ACUGUGCGCUUGAAGCGCUGCAGACUCACAGCCCAGGUUUAAGCGCUGAGAAUCUUGCACUGCAACAUCUCCGUUCGCUAUGAGGAUGUUUUUACACACUGUCAGAGCUUUACCUUUGGAUAUAUACCUCGCGUGAAGAUAUGGGACUUUAGACGGAUUUUUUUGCUUGAUUUUUGUAUCACUGGUGUUUUGGGGUGAUGGUAUUAGAGCAUUUGGCGCGGAUGCGCUCUUUUUCUCGCCUGCUACCUUUCCCUGGGACAAGACGUUUGGAAAUGUGAAGGAGCUUGAAGUAUGGCAUGCAAAAGAUGGUCUUGGCCAAGAAGGAGACGGUGAUUGCAAUGUGCCCCACUUACAUUUCCACACUCUUCUACUUUCUGUGCGUUACGGCUUGCAUUAAGAAAAUCUCAGGUCAGGUAAAGAAGGAUGAGAAGUUAUACCCCGAAAAUUUCACCCAGAUCUUAGACCGACUUCUGGAGGGUUAUGACAACAGACUGCGCCCUGGAUUCGGCGGUCCAGUGACUGAGGUAAAGACUGAUAUCUACGUCACUAGUUUUGGCCCAGUAUCUGAUGUGGAAAUGGAGUACACAAUAGAUGUGUUUUUCCGACAGACGUGGGAGGACCGGAGGCUAAGGUAUGAGGGACCAAUUGAGAUUUUGCGACUAAAUAACCUGAUGGUGACCAAAGUGUGGACUCCUGACACCUUCUUCAGGAAUGGGAAAAGAUCUGUGGCUCACAAUAUAACUGCCCCGAACAAACUCUUCCGCAUAAUGAAAAAUGGCACAAUCCUUUACACCAUGAGGCUGACAAUCAUUGCAGAGUGUCCAAUGAAGCUAGUGGAUUUUCCUAUGGAUGGCCAUUCCUGUCCACUUAAGUUUGGCAGCUAUGCUUACCCAAUGACUGAGAUGAUCUACACAUGGACCAAACACUCUGUGGAAGUUCCUAGUGAGUCGUCCAGCCUUGUUCAGUAUGAUCUGAUUGGACAUACUGUCUCCAGUGAAACCGUCAAAUCUAUUACAGGUGAAUACGUGGUGAUGACUGUCUAUUUCCACUUGAAACGGAAAAUGGGCUACUUCAUGAUUCAGACGUACAUCCCAUGCAUCAUGACAGUAAUCCUUUCCCAAGUGUCCUUCUGGAUAAAUAAAGAAUCUGUGCCUGCCAGAACUGUCUUCGGUAUCACCACCGUCCUCACCAUGACCACUCUGAGCAUCAGCGCACGUCACUCUCUACCUAAGGUCUCCUAUGCGACAGCCAUGGACUGGUUUAUUGCCGUGUGUUUUGCCUUUGUGUUUUCGGCCCUCAUCGAGUUCGCUGCUGUAAACUAUUUCACCAACGUGCAAGCAGAACGAGCGAAGAAGAAAGCAGCCAAGAAUGCGGCCGCAGCAGCUGCCAAGAGCACCACUUCAUCAGGCAAAGGCAAAGACACUGAGGAGAUCCUACAGCAAAACUCAGACACUAAUGGCAACCUACGCAAACGUGUAAACUCCACGACUCAGUCUCAGCCUGACCCUAAGGGCAGCCAAAGAAAUGAAACCUGCAGCAGAAGCUCUAUGACCGCAUCCAAAGAGGUCCAGACAAGCCAGCUAUCAUCCAGCUCAAGCACAACAAGCAGCUCCUCAGGCCAAAUACAACUCCAUCCCAAAUCCUUCACCGAAUCCAAAGCACACAUUCCAGCUUCAGCUUCCAUAACCACGCCCCCACUUCCGCCUAUGACGCCAACAGUCCCUGAGCGCUCGUCAACCAACACACCCACCGGCUCUGGCUCUCUACAUCAUCUUCUAGCUCCGAAGUUGGAGAAUAUGCAGAAAACAGAUUCAAAGGCUCCAUCCAGUGCUCCACCAGCAGCUUUUAUGGGCGGAGCCAGCAAGAUUGAUAAGUAUGCACGCAUCCUUUUCCCUGUGUCCUUUGGGGCAUUUAACAUGGUGUACUGGGUGGUAUACUUAUCCAAAGAAACCAUGGAAGCAAGAGGAGCCUAAUCACUGAAUUUUCAGAUUUUGAUAAUUUCUUAAAUCCAAACAGCAGAUAAAGGGUGCAACAUCCCUCCAAGGAUCAAGCAAAUUCAACACAAUUUCUAGAAUCUUCUUUAAAUCAAUGGACAAACAAAACAGAAUGGACAAGCACCUCAGAAGAUCAUCGGGGUAACAUAAUUCCAAAAUCUUUUAGAGGUUGUCAUUGAGUCUUUUUACAGAAUGAGCAUGUGGAUAUAUGUAAAAAAAAAAAAUAAUAAUAAUAAUAAUAAUAAUAAUAAAAAAAAAUUUAGAUUUACUAACCCAUUUAAAACUGGUCAUAAAAUG